AUGGAUCUGGAGAAUCGUAUUAAGGCGUAUCGGCUUGUCAUCUAUUCGGCGAUCACAUUUUCCGUGGUGGCUGUGAUUUCCGUUUGUAUUACACUUCCAAUGGCCUACAACUAUGUGCGUCAUAUGAAACAAUUUAUGCUCACAGAAGUCAACUUUUGUAAGGAUUCGGCUCGAGACAUUUGGUCAGAAGUGGAUCAUCUUAAAACUAUAACGAUACAGUCAAACAGAACAGUACGCCAGAUCGAAUACGGAUCCUGCCAAGCAUGUUGUACCGGUGGCCAACCUGGUCCUCCAGGUACACCCGGGCAACCAGGCCGGCCGGGAAAUCCAGGUGCUCCUGGACUCCCCGGAAAACCUGGUCGUCCUCCAGUUCAGCCAUGUGAACAAAUACCAAUUCCACCGUGUAGGCCUUGUCCACCAGGUCAACCUGGACGCCCAGGAGGACCAGGAUUACCUGGGGAACCAGGGGCGCCUGGAAAGCCGGGUCCAUCAGGAGAAGAUGGGCAACCAGGUUCUCCAGGACCAAAGGGACUUCCUGGACCGCCUGGAAAAAGUGGAAAGCCAGGAAGUCCAGGUCAACCGGGGGUGACUCCGCCAUCGGAGCCACUCAUGCCUGGUCCGCCUGGACCACCCGGUCCACCAGGACCUCAGGGACCACCGGGAGCAAAUGGACCUCCUGGUCGUAAUGGUGCUCCAGGACCACCCGGUGGAAAAGGUCCAAGAGGACAAGACGGAUUACCGGGAGAACCUGGAAGAGCUGGACGUCCGGGACAACCAGGGCCACCAGGACCGCCAGGCGAACGUGGAAUUUGUCCAAAAUACUGUUCGUUAGACGGUGGUGUGUUUUUUGAAGACGGCACACGUCGCUAA